UCCUGGCAGGGAGAGUCUGCAUUUGAGAUCUGCGCACCCAGAGACUGUGCUGCCGUGAUGGAAUUCACUGGAGGAGACGUUUACCGGAAGGCGUUCGAUCCCAAAGCUUACCUGGAAUAUUUUCAUUUCGGGAAAGGGUCUGUCGAAGAUGAAUUCCUGGAGUUCAUCCUGAAAUGCUUUUGCAAAAUCUUUUCUUCAGGGGUCCUGAAAGGUGGCACCCUGAUCGACAUCGGCAGUGGCCCCACCAUCUAUCAGCUGAUCCCUGCCUGCGGGUCCUACAAGAACAUCAUAGCCACCGAUUAUCUGGACCAGAACUGCCAGGAGAUUACAAAAUGGCUGAAGAAGGAGCCGGGCGCUUUCGAUUGGUCCCCGGUGGUUCAGUAUGUGUGCCAGCUGGAGGGGAACAGAGAGACGUGUGCAGAGAAGGAGGCCAAGCUGCGGAGAAGCAUCAAGCAGGUCCUCAGGUGUGAUGUCCACCAAAGCAACCCACUGGCUCCCAUCUCUCUGCCCCAGGCCGACUGCCUUCUCUCCACCGAGUGCCUGGAGUCGGCCUGCCACGACCAGCCGAGUUUCCACGCCGCCUUGAAGAAUCUCAGUUCUCUGCUGAAGCUCGGGGGACACUUGGUACUCGGUGGGGUUUUAGGGUGCACGUUCUACAGGGUGGGCCCUCAGAGGUUCUCCAGCAUGCUCUUCACGGAGGAGAUGCUGAAAAACGGCCUGAGCGCCGCUGGUUUUGCCGUUGUAGAGUUCAACGUGGAGCCCAGGGUUUUUAAGACCAAUAUGGAGGACUGCGAUUUCUCCGGAAAGUACGUCAUUCUCGCCCGCAAGGACAAAGAAGUGUAAACCCCUGUGGCUUUUAUUGUAUCCCAAAAGCCACAGCAUCACUUUGGCUCUGGAACAUGUUUGUUCCAAGCCCGUCUCUAUUGCAGCCUCUUCUCAGUUUUAGCUUUCUAAGUGACACCUGAUGGAGGCCAUCAUAGCCCAUCUUGUAGGCCAGGCCCCAGCAAAGACAGAAGGAGUUAAAAUAAAGCCCUUUCUUUAAAAAAAAAAAA